UACAAAUUGUUGCUUUCUGCUUAUUUCUGUAUUCAAUCUCCAUUACAAUGUUACUCAAACUUUUGAUUGUUUUUACAUUGUUAUACCCAAUCUCAACAAUCCCAACAAUCUCUUUGGUGAACUUGCCAUUGAAAAUGCCUAAAGGAAGUUCAGUGAUUAAUGCUACUUUAACUGAUGUCAAUGGAUAUAAAAUUUAUUUUAUACAAGAGUUGAUAUCAGCUUCUGGACCAACAAUCAAAAGUAAAAUUUUAAUCUCAGGCAAUGAGGAUUCCUACUCAGUACAUUAUAAUGCUGAUUCGUAUACUGGCGUGGACAGCAAGGAACGAUUGUUUAUUCAAGGUACAAACUGUUUACUAUUAACUUACAAUAUUAGUUGGGAUAAAACUUUGCUCGAUCUGAUUUUCUUGAUGGGACCUUCGAUAUUAUACCGACUUGAUCAUUCGUCGUUUGUUUGGAAAUCUGUUGCAGACAAAAACAUCAGAGGAAUCAUGAUGAAAGGUGCAUCAGCAAAAAUUAAUGAAAACUUGCAAAUUACUUUCUAUUACAAAAGUCAUCUCGAUUACCAAUCUGGAAUAGAAAGUCCAAGCAGAAUUGAAUUUAGUGGCUAUCAUCCAACUUCGAGACCAGACAAAGAGAUUCUCAUUUUAUAUAUUGAUAUCUAUUCUAUUCAACAUGUAGAUGCUUACAUUGAAAACGAAAUUUAUCAGGAUCUAGUUCAAAAUAAGGUUCAACCUCCAACUGGAAUUGGAUGUCCACAUUACUUAUCUGGAAAUAAACGAUUUCCAAAGUUGCAAGUUUCUCACCUGCACUUCACCAUGGAUGAACGAGUUCAAGGUUCAACCACGCAUCGAUCACUUAGUAAGGUUAAUGUUGCAAACCUUUACGAUUUUUUGAGGAUAAAAACAUCAUUGGUUGGUUCAGCAAGUGAAGUUAUUUACGACUACCGACUAGGGGUUUCUUUCACUGUUGGGACGAAUGGAUCUGUUGCUGUGGCAUCCAUAGACUCGAAUACACCUGGAUUCGACCGUGGUCUAUUCAGUUUGCAAAAUCUUUUGAUGUUGAAUGAUAACUUCAAAUAUGUUGGGAGACUCGACUUGGAACAUCGAUUCGGACUGCCCGUUGAAGCAUGGGAAUCAGUUCAACUCAAUGUUAAUAUCAAUGGAAAGAAAGUGGACAAAGCUGUCAUAACUCAAUUUUUCGUUUCAUCGCAUAAUGAUGACGUAUUUCGGGGUUACACUCUUGUCAGUACCAAGAUCUCCAUCUAUGAUUAUGAUCAAUCGAAAAAAGUUUACACUUUGACGGAGGGAAUCACAAGAGAUUUUAUGAGCUUUCAAGAAGCUCAAUCCAUCGAGAGUAUUCGUUCAUUAACAGAAAAGGUCAAUUUCGCUUCUAGCGAUGAAAAAUUGAUCCUCAACUUCAUAUUAGAGUGCGCUGCUCCAGUUCCUGCAAACACUGUUUGCAUAAAGCACACGGAGGAACGUAUUUACUGGCUGAAAAGAGAUUUCCUUUAUUAUAUUCUUUUAACUAAACCUGUUAGUUUACUACGAAUAGCUGAUAUUCAAUAUCGCUUCACUGAUACAAAAAUCGAGAUGGAAGUAAAAUUUCUUGAUCUACCACAUUUGGAAUUCAUUUUCAACUCUAAAACCAUGUAUCUCAGUGAAGAGACAUUCGACAAGAUGAUGAAAACUAGGGCUAACAAUGAACCCGAAUGCUUAGAAAAAUUAUCUCGAUACCAACAGAUAAUCAAGGUUGCCAUUUACAGACCUUCGGAUUCUGUCUGCGGAUACCUGAGUAAUCCUGAUGAUCUCAAGGAAGAUACUAAGCAUGGACAGUCAUGCAGUGUCUAUUUAUUUCCAAUGAACAAUUUGCGUCGAGUUAAAGAAGAGUUAACGCUUGACCAGAUUCAUGAUGCAUUCUUACGAUAUGUUGGUGUGAAUUUUGUUGUCGAUGACGGAGACUCUCCGAUGCGUUUUAAGAUUAGUGAUGUGAUCGACGUGACUAAAAAGGAAACUGGCUCCAAUGAUGAUAUUGCUUCUCGAAUCAGACACAAUGCAAAGUUGAAAAUUGAUUAUCAAUUCACUUUGUCUGUGCCAGAUGCAAAGACUUUUGCUGAUUGUUACCGAAACUGUCAUGAAUCAGAUCAAGUUCCAUGCAUUACUUUUUCAUUCUGCAACACUGAUGGUGUAAUUGACUGUAGAGUAAGCAGCUUGCAGGCUUCUGAUGUUGCCAGUCUGGACCAGUCGAUUGAAACUGACCUAAAAUGUGAAAUUUAUUCUAUAAGUGUUCUCGACAAUUAUUCAAAAAAGUCCAACAGAAAAUUUAAAACUCAGCAAUCAACUGCAGUUGAACAAGAUUCUGUGCAUUCUUGUGCAAAAGCCUGUCAUGUCUCAUCCGAUUGUAUAUCAUUUCAAUACUGUGAUGGUUCUUGUACUCUCGGUGAUUUUUUGUAUACAGAUGAGGCUACUCAAUAUGAUGAAGAAUGCAUGAUAUAUACUCCCAAAGUAUCUAAAAGAUACCAAAAAACAGGCAAUCAAAUAGUAUCAGAUGUGAUGAUCACCAAAUCCCAAUUAACCUUGGAUCAAUGUGCUUCAUUAUGUUAUGAGUUAUCCGAUGGCGAGGAAACUGGAUGUAAAUCAUUUAAUUACUGCCCUAAAAGUAGAACAGAAAGUUCUUGUUCAUUGACUCAUUUCUCAGUUAAAAGUCCUUAUACCAAAACCACUGAUGGAGUUUAUUGUUCAAAUUACGAGUUAAAAGUGGAAUCGAAUGGAAAGAAACGAAAAGAAUCCAGUUCAACUGAAGUGAUUGCAGGGACAUCGGGAUCAAGUGCUUUUGGCAUAAUAAUGUUGUUCCUGUUUGUCGGUGCUUCAUUGGGAUUCAUAGCUCCAUUUGCUUACUCAAAGGUUAAACAUAUGCAUGAUGCUUCAAAGACAAAUGAAGAUUUCACUAGGGAAAGACAGCAAAAUGAGCAGCAAGAUGAGACCACUUGAAAAUUUUCAUUGAAUUUUUUCGCAAAUACAAUGGAAUUACAUUAUUAUUAAUUACUGUAAAACUUUUCUAAUCAUUUGUGCCAUUAGUAGUCAUAUCUAAUGAAACGCUGAUGCUUCAGGUAUUCAAGCCAUGAUUUAAGAAAUUAAACCAGAUUUUAUAUUCACAAGAA